AUGAAUUCCAGAAAAUUCCCCUCAGAACCGCGGAGAAGUUUCCCUGCUGCCAAAGCCCCCAGCCAGCAGCCAUCCCACAUCCUGGUGGUGGAUGCCACCUCCCCUUCCUGGGCCAGCACCUGCUCCGUGCUCUCCGAGGCUCUGGAGAACGUCCUGUGCCUGGCCUGUGGCCUGGCAGGGCCCUGCAGGGUGCCCCUGCUCAGCCUCUACGUGCUGCAGCCCCAGCAGGAGUGUCUGCUGCCCCUCACGCAAGUGAAAGAAAACUUUGCCCGAGUUCAAGCCUGCAUUUCGGAGCUCCGCUCGCUGCCGGCUGAAGGCUGCUUCCCCCCGGGGGGGAACGGAGUGCUGCAGGCUGUGCAGGAUGGAUUGCAGCAGUUCAAGCAGUACAGCAGGCACACAGCAGCAGGAGGCUCCACAAAUAGUUCUGUUGAGAUCACAAUUUUGACCAGCCAGCCCAGCAGAGACAUGGUAAAGCAGCUGGAAAAGAAGCUACAAGACAUAGACCUGGUGAGCCUGAGAAGAAUACAGGUCAUUGAGGUUGUGAAGAGAGAUUUCCUGGAGCCUGAGGAUGUGGAGCAGUGUGUGCCAGCAGAGGAGCCCAGCAGUGAUAUGGCAAUCCUGGGAAUGGACAUCGAGGUGCAAACUGUAGAGGACAAUGUCAUCAGCCUGGAGAUGCUGUUUAAAACGUGGCUCCAUGACCAUGGCACAGAGAGGGAACAGCUCCAUCUCCUCCUUCCCUCAGGAGGUUUUGGCCACGCUGCUGCACCCAAGAACACCUUAAUGUGCCUGAAGUGUGACUUGCAGGAGAGGCUGCUGGACCCAGCCCUGCUUUUGGGGACAGCUGAUGGCACUGGGAGAGCAGCAGAUGCCAGUUCUCCCUGGCACGUGGCAGCCUGGCCAUCCACAGCUCUGCACAAACUCCGGGUGCUGAAGGCUCUGAAGUCUGAAGGGGUCUGUGAGUCUGUACUCUAUGGGCUGCCCUUCAUCAUCAAGCCCACAAGCUGCUGGCAGCUGGACUGGGAUGAACUGGAGACAAACCAGCACAGCUUCCAUGCUUUGUGUCACAGUCUUCUGAGAAGGAAGUGGAUGCUCUUGGCCAGGCAUGAGCCCCAGAACACUGGACCAAACUGGAACGUGGUGGUGCACCCCUAUUAUGUCAUCAUCCCCUCUGACUCUGCCACUCUCCUGGUGAAAGCAGUGGCCAUCAGAGAGCUCCUGCUGCCAUCAGCCUUCCCAGCCCUCCUGGCUGAGCACCCCGAGCGAGUCAGGGGCCCCAUCGAGAGCGCCCUGAACAACUUGGAAGUGGAAGUUGCUUACAACCCCUUGCACCUGAAGAGCAACCUCUACAAAUACCUGAAGAGCUCCUUGUACAAACCUCCCCACCGGCAGCAGCCCCAGCCCCGGGAGCAGCGCCCGGAGCGGCACCAGCCCAGGCAGCCUCAGAGCAGAGCCAAAGCUGCAGUGGCUCCCCUGCUGAUGGCUCCCUCUCCCCUCCAAACGUUCAGAUCACCAGCAGCAGCAGCCAGGAGAGGCUCCUGUGAGGGCUCCCUGCUCCCCAAGGAAUAUGAGGAGUUCUUGCAGUGAUCUGCCCCUGGACAGCCACAGGUCCUGGCUCAGCAGCUGGCCGGAUGUGGUCAGGCAAGACACCGAGCUUGGCCUUGGUCAGGCAGGCACUUCCCAUCGUUUGUUCCUCCUUGUUGUUUCACGUUGUGUUCGUCACCGAGCCAGUUCUGCAGGAAGUUUGCUGCUCAGGGACCCUCU